ACCUCCUCUAAGCUGAGCUGGUAGAUGAGUUACCUCCUAUGGUUACCUCCAAAGUCGUGUCACUUCACUCAACUUUAACAGUCUAAACCACCUCGUGAGAGCAUGCACUUUAAUAGGCUACGCAGCUAAAACACUGCGUUACGCAAAGGAGCAUAGUGCAAGUGAAUGUGUUGAACUACUCUGAAUAAAGUAACUGAGGGUGACACAGUCCAUGUGUUCAAUUUAAGACGGGUUGACAUGGACGAGCGGGACACAGCAGCUAUCCUCCCCGGAGAUGUACUCGGCGCCAUGUCCAUGGACGAGGACAGGUCCACUUAUGGCUCAUGUGGGCGCCCAGAUGAUGAGGCUUCGGUUUCGACAACCCGCUCCUGGAGACCACCGUAUACGUGCUCGCUGCCGGUGUCCGUGGAGCCGGUGAUGUUCCUCUCAAUGUUUUCAGUCGCCCUGCAGUCUCCCCUGGCUACACAAUAUCUGUGGGACCGGAUCAGCGAUGACCUCGGAUACAAUGGAUCCAGGGGGGUGAGGUGCAGCAACAGCUCGGAUGCAACGGACCCUCUUCAGCGGCAAGUGCAAACCUUGACAGCUCACUGGAGUCUUUACAUUAGUCUUGGGGGAUUUUCUGUUGCCCUGCUUGUGGUGCCUAUCCUGGGAUCUUGGAGUGACCUUGCAGGUCGAAGACCUGUCCUUAUCAUCCCUAACAUAGGAAUGGCCAUCCAGGCAGGGAUUUACCUUGUGGUGAUGUACCUGAAGCUGCCUUUGAUCUACUUUCUAGUGGCCAGGUUGCUUAGUGGCCUUACAGGUGAAUUCAGUGCCGUCCUGGCCGGCUGCUUCUCAUACAUGGCAGACAUCAGCGACGAAAAGUCGCGCACCUUCAGGGUGGCAGUGUUGGAAGCAUGUGUAGGCCUUGCAGGGAUGCUAGCAAGCAUCAUCGGUGGGCAGUGGCGACAGGCACAGGGGUACAUCAACCCAUUCUGGCUGGUACUGGCCACUAACUUGGGGGCAGCUCUUUAUGUUUACCUGUUUGUUCGUGAGUCUGUCAUACCAGACCCAAGUGCCAAGCUUCUCACCUACCGUCAUCAUAAAAAUGUCUGGCAACUCUUCUCAACAGGAGGCGUCAUUGCCCAGGCAGGUGGAAGUGCUCAUAGAUACAGGUUGUGGCUUCACUUCCUGAGCCUCUUCUUGGUGGUGACUGUGCAUUUCGGCAGCAGGGAGUUGUACGUAAUGUAUGAGCUGAGCUCACCGCUUUGCUGGAGUUCAACCCUCAUUGGCUAUGGAGCAGCGGCUCAACAGAUGGCAUACCUCACCAGUUUGAUUGGGCUGAAGCUCAUGAAGCUCUGCCUGAAGGACCCAUGGAUGGCUAUCGUGGGCCUGGCCUCCAACAUUGCUGGGCUGCUAGUGUUCUCUGUGGCUGACACUACCCAGCUCAUGUUCAUAGGCUAUGCUCUGUUAUUCCUCUUCAUGGCUCCAUUACCUGUGCUCAGAUCAAAGCUGUCCAGGUUGGUUGGCCCAUCAGAACAAGGCGCCCUGUUUGCCACUGUUGCCUGUAUGGAAAGUUUAUGUUUUCUAGUAGGCAGUGGGCUGUUCAACUCAAUCUACCCCCUCACCUUGAAAUUCAUGAAGGGUUUCCUCUUCCUCUGCGCUGCCAUUCUGCUUGUCAUCCCCGCUGGAAUAAUGGGUUCCCUUCAGUGUUCUGCGCAGAGGAAAGGCCACAGAGACUCCACAUUGUGCUGACCUGAGAAGAACCAGAGGGUAAGAACCUGUCAGAGAGUAAACGUUCCUCCUGAUGUCGAUCUAUGAGGUGAGCAGCUCUGACCUAGAGCCAGCCACUGUGACCUGAUGUGUAAUGCUGGGAGAGACUUGUGACGGGACAGCUGACUGUAAACAGGAUUCUUCUGAUUGGGCAUUCUGGAGUCAAGACAGGAGAAGAAUGAGCCAACUUACUGACAUUGUUUUACUGAACCAAGUGUUUGAAAUGAUUUGUUCUACCAUGUAUGUUUAUGUGUCUUCAACUUUCUAUCCUAAAAUGUUGAACAUUUCUUGUGAGCUUAUAGAUUUUUGUUUUAGGUGAGUCAGAUGCUGCUACUUCUUGAUUGAUGUACAGGGGACAUACAGGCCAGUAAAGCUAUAUUUUUAAACUCAAUUGAGUAGGGAUGGGCAAUGAUUUUCGAAUAUUCAAAUAUUUGUUCACUUUGUAAAAAUCAAAGAGUUACUAUUUUCUCAAUUUAAAAGUACAAUUUUUCAUCGUUUUUACUGGUGCCUGGUUGUAGUACGGUUUUCCUGCCAGACGGUGGCUAUAGAGCGUCUUAAAGCGAAGAAGAAUGCUAACUGCAUUAAAUAGCAAAAGAAGAAAACAGUUGCGACAGUCUCAGUGAUUCCCUUCGUUUCUGAAUGUCACACUACACAUGGAUAUUCAGAGAGGGAGCAUGGCUGUAAAAUAUAAACAUACCACCACGCUGCUGCUUCACAGAAACACUGACGUAAAGAUCUAGACAUAUGCUGUCAGUGUCCGCUACUAGCAGCUCCUCGUCCCGGUGCUGGUUAACGUGACUGCCACACAAACAGGCUGUUAUGGGACAGGUGUUUGUGUAUUCGAAUAAUCGUUGAAUAGAUGCCAAUGAUUAUCGAAUAGUGUUUUGGCUUGAAAUGCCCAUCCCUACAAUUGAGUAACGUUUGGAGAUGACCUUAUUAUAUCUUCUCAGAAAAAAAUAGAGUUACUAUAUUGAGUGUAUGGCAAUUAAGUACAAUGCUAAAAAUAACAAUUGAGCCUGUAGCCAAUUUUGAUACUGAUGUUUUCUGUAGUCUUUAUGCCUAAUUUUCAAAUGAACUAUAAGUUUGAAUGUAUUUAAAUUGCUGCUUGAAGUCCCUCACCUUAAAAUGUCACUGAAACAUAUCUCACUGACGAUGUGAUACUCCCACUCUGCUGACAUUAACUUCCACAUUUGACUGUGAAAACAAAUGAGAGUUUGUUUGAUAAGACAGAUAAACAUUGGCUACUGCUAUCACUGCGCGGCAUAUUGUUUGCAAAUGGAUGGAUGUCUGUUAACAUGGUAAAUAUCAGCCAACACCGAUAUAUUUGUGCAAUCCAAAGAUCUUUAUUUCAUUCAGAUCUUUAAAAUAAAGUAUUUUUUUCUUUUUAAA